AUGGCGUGCGAGUUCGAUCAGAUCCUGUGUUCAGAGGAUAACAACAAUGGUGAAGAAGAAUAUGAUGUGACAGUGGAAGAGGAAGGUAACAACAAUGAUGAAGAAGGAGAUGAUGUGAUAGAAGAAGAUGACAAAAAUAACAACAGAGAAGAAGAAGCUACUGUGAUCCUAGAUUCUAAUGGUGUAGACGGCGACGAUGAUGAUGAUGUUUCGGGUGAAGAUCUUAUAGCCAACAUGACUCCUAUGAAGGGAAUGGAAUAUGAUUCAAAAGAUAGCCUUAUGAAAGUCUAUCAAGAUUAUGCGAAGCUGCAAGGCUUUUCUAUUGCAAUACGUAGAUCGUCGUCUAAAUAUUACGUGCUUGCUUGCUUCAAAGGGCGAAAGCCUAAGGAUGUAAUUAUGAAGUUUACCAGACAAACGCAGUGUCCGGCUCGUGUUAAUUGCAUUGUGAAGACUAAUGGUAAAGUGAUUGUGUCGAAUGUUUGGUUGAAUCACAGUCACAGUCUUGAGCCGCAAUUGUCAAUGUGUAUGCCGGGUAACCGAGAGUUAAGUUUGCACAUGAAAUGCCUGCUGGAAAGUCGAGAUAUUGCAGGCUAUAGGACUUGUAAAAACGUGAGGACUCUAGAAGUUAUGGCCGGAGGUCCUCAGAAUCUAGGUGUCACUGAGCGAGUCUUUAGGAACUUCAUAGAUAAAAGGAGAAGGUUGAGACUUGGAGAGGGGGAUGCCAAAGCUAUACACGAGCUAUUUUUUAGAAUGCAACUGCAAGAUAAAAACUUUUUUCACAUUAUGGAUGUUGAUGAUGAAGGACGUCUGCGUAAUGUGAUGUGGGUACAUCCUCGUAGUAUAGCUGCGUACGAAGAGUUCCACGAUGUUGUGAGUUUUGAUACAACUUACCUUGUAAACAAAUACAAGAUGCCGUGGGCGACGGUUGUCGGAGUUAACCAACAUAACCAAUCAAUAUUAUUGGGAUGUGGUUUAUUGAGUCAUGAGCAGUCCGAAUCAUUUAAAUGGUUCUUUAGCAACUGGUUACUGGCCAUGAAAGGUGUUCAACCUACAGCAAUGCUGACAGAUCAAUGUGAGAGUAUAAAGAUUGCCGUGAAGGCAGUUUUUCCAAUGACUAUACAUAGACUUUGUCUAUGGCAUAUUGCCAAUAAAAUUCCACAGAAGUUCAAAGGUGUGGCUGAUUUUUGUAGUUGUUCGUCUGAUUUCUACUCAACGAUAUAUGAUAGUCUCAGUAUUGCAGAAUUCGAGUCAAGGUGGACAGAUUUUCUAUCUAAACACAGUCUUCAUAACAAUAGGUGGCUGAAAAAUUUGUUUGAUGAAAAGAAGAAUUGGGCACCCAUCUAUUUGAAUCAUAUUUUUUGGGCUGGUAUGGUAUCGACCCAACGAAGUGAAUCUAUGCACGCAUUCUUUGAUGGUUUUGUGAACUCAAAGAGCACGUUGAAACCAUUUGUGGAACAAUACGAGAUUGCUAUUCAAAACAAAAUUCAGAAGGAGAUGAACGCUGAUUACCAGUCCAAGUGCGUGAUGCUGAAACCGGUGUCAACUUUUCAAUGGGAGAAACAAUUGCUAGGUGAAUACACUCAUAACAUCGACCUCUUGUUGCAAGUGGAAGUCAAGAAAAUUAGUAGUUGUAAUGUGGAAGAUGUCGCAAUUGGUGAAGAUGGUGUGAAUCGUUGCAAGAUAAAGGAGAUGCGAUUAGUGCAGAAUGUUUUUCACAAGGAAUACACUUACACUGUCGAGUAUCGUCCUUUUGGAGAAUAA